AUGGAACUGGCAGCCCGAUGGAGCAAGCUGAGCUUCACAAAGAAGCUGAUUCAGCCCUACGUUAUCGCAUUCGGCAUUCUCGGCUUCGGGCAACUACGGUGCCCUUUCCUCAACAAACAAUCAUCAACAGGUCGAUUUCUCGGAAUACUCCGAUUUUCUUGGGCAGUAUUGCUGAUGGCUGCGUUCACCCUGGCUAAUAUCCUGUCUUUGUACAAAAUUGUUCAACAGCACCGUGGGUCGCUGGAUAGCGGGGUGCUGUUUGACUUUAUAGCAGCCGUUCAACGGAGCAUUGUCACAUUUCUUGGCAUCGUCUGCUUUCACUGCAUCUACAAUCGCUACGUCAAAGCAAUCAACGAGUUGGAGCAUGUCUUUUCCCACCAUCUGAAUGUCAAAGAUCAAAAGGUCAUCGCCCUUUAUGCGGCCAUUAUCUUCAUCGUUUGGAUCGUGACUAGUGCCACAUAUAUGUAUACCAACGAAAGGAACGUCGUGGUGUUUGAGCGCCAAAUCAGCAGCUUUUUUAGUCUACCACCGGGGCUGCCAGUUGCCCAAAUUUUUUCGCGCAUACUGAUCCUCGGGGACGGCCUAAUGAACUCGGGCUUUUCGUUAGUUCAGUGCUUCCCGGUGUUGUUAUGUGCUGCUGCUGGGAAAUGCUAUGGCCACAUUAAUAGCACGUUAUACCAAGCACCGCCGGAGUUGGUUGCCGUGGAAAAGAUUCUGAACGAACAUUACAGUCUCAGCCGAUUGGUACAGAGAAUUAACCGUCUUCUAUCCUCUACCUUUUUCUUCGUCUAUAUCAACGUGGUCUGCACAAUUCUCAGCUGCAUAAUUAGGGCGAAAACGGGAGUAUAUCAAUUUCCGCCGAGUUUUAUUAGUACCUGUUUGUACACUGCUAUCGGUACACCACACUUUAUCUGGCUGUAUGAACAGGGCGAAGCAAUCAAAGAUUCUCUGCAUGACAUCGGAUACCAAUUGCCGCGACGGGACCGUUUCGCCAUGCAUUUUCUCAUCCAGCGGUCCUCUUCGGUGACUGUGGUUUUUAAUAUAGGUGGAUUUUUCGCCAUCGAUAGAACGUUCAUCGCGACGCUGGCUGGAGGGAUUUUGACGUUUGCUUUGGUUGUGGACCAGUUGCAGUCAAAACCCAUGUCCCUGGAUGAUCUGAACAGCGCGUUCGACUUUGUUUCAAUUUUGACCUUCUUUGGGAUUUUCAAAUGAGUGUUACAGUUACGGGGAGUUCCAGAUGAAGCAAUCAGAACAAUCGCACAUCAUAACCCAGGGUCGACGUAAUGGAUCGCCAGCUACCUGUAGAUAGAUCCCAUCAACUGCUAUAUUUUUCAGCGGUAAGUUCCCUGUUUAAUGCCAGUAAACCUGGCAAUUUUGUUAAUUCCCGAAGGGACGCUAUGUCAGAAUCCUUAGCUGUAGUGAACGCGUCCCCAAGCGCAAAUCAUUAAAUCAACAUGCACAAGCAGAGUUAUUGAACGGAAGUAGC